AUGUUAAAAUUUAAGAAUAACCUCUCUCCGUUGUAUUUAUUAUCAAUAUGUAUAUUGUAUGUCUGUUGCUUAUUACUGUGUACAGAAUACUUAUUUGAUUGUUCGAUAUUAGCUUAUAAGACUGUAUAUGUUUCUUGUGUAGGAUUUUCUAUAUCAAUACCAGUUAUUUAUAUUUUAAUAGGAAAGGAAGGCUUGUCUAGUGCACUAAGUAUCUGUACGUAUUUAAUAUUUAUAUCUUCUAUGCUACAAACACUAUUUAAAACUACUUAUGGCAUUUAUUAUGUAGAAGACACAACUGCUGUAGCUUUAAUUAAAUUGAUUAAACAAAAUAAUACUAAAAAUAUAAAUACUAUAGGUAAUUUGUUGACAUCAAACUUUCAUGUAAAUUUACUUCUGUACGGUGAAAAAGAUAUUUAUUAUGAUCGUUGUCUACUGCCUUUACUAACUAAAGAAGAUGUAGACAGCCGUAAAAAAGACUUGAUAGAUACAAUAUUUUUAGAAGGAAAAAAAAGACAAUCUACCGAAGAUAUUAUUUUUAUAGAAAGAGAUUUAAAUGAUUUAGAUAUUAGAAACAUGGGAGAUUUUAGCUUAUUGGCACACAUGUUACAUUCUAUUUAUUAUUCCAAAUUUAAUAAAAAUACUGUUAUUUUAUUAAAAAUUAAUAAUUACGACGAAUUAGUAAAUUGUGGAUUUAACAGAAAAAUAGAAAAUAAAGACGAGUUUGUAAAAAAUGAGAAGAAAAAAAAUAAGAUAAUAAAAGAAAAUAAUUUAAAAAAAUUACAAGAACUUAAGAAAUCAGUGAAUAUUUUAGAACAGGAUGUUGACAAAGCGGAAGAAGAAAUUAUAAAAUUUAAUAGUAAAUUAUUAACGAAUGAAAAUAUGACAGAAGUACAAGAAAGGGUUUAUAAUUAUUUAAGAUAUUUAUCUGAAAAUACAUAA